AUGUCUGUAGCUCCGGGUAAAGUCGACCGCCAACAAACCACACCCUUCUACUUAAAGCUCUUUUACAGAAGCGGCGGAUUUCAUAGAACCGACGAAUUCUCUUCCUUGUCUGAACUUCCACCACAUUUACAAAUAUACACCUGGCAAACAUGCACGCUCCGCGAACUCUCCCACCUCCUAACAUCCGCCUUGCCCUCCCUACUCCCCGACCCAGCAAUCGGCACACGUCUCGCGUUCCGCCUCAUAUACCCCGAUACACGCAAUGCGGGACAGGGGACAGGAGCAGCUCGGUUUAUGACGAAGGAUUUGGGCAGUAUAGUGAUUGGGGAUGGUGGACCGGGGAUUCUGCCUGAUGAGGAAGAGGCUGGCAUUGUUGCUGGUGGGCCAGUGGCCGGUCCUCUAGGAGGAGAACCGGACAAGACACUGCAAGAUGCGAGGUUUGUGAUUGGGGAUUAUGUUAGUUGUGCUAUACUGCCGCCGUUGCCUAAUGGAGGGGUUGCACCGCCGCCAGCGGGGGCUGCGAGGGGUGGUGGGGGAGGAUUUGGAGGACCGAGGGAGAAUGGAUUUAAUGGCGGGUUUAGGGGGAGAGGUGGGAUGAGAGGUGGCAAUUUUGGGCAAGGCGCUGUACCGACUGGUGAAUGGAGAAGAGGGGAGAGAGUACCUGAGGGGCCUUCGGGAGGGAGGGGACGUGGUUUUGGAGGGGGUUUUGGGGGAGGAGGAAGGGGCAGAUAUUGA